AAUACAAAAAACAGACACUCAACCAAACACACGCACACACAAUCCCAACAACAAUCGAUCCCCGUUCCUCCUAUUUCAAAAAUCCGGCGACCACUCACCCUCCCUCCAUCUGCUAUAUCCGGCGGCGGGCCUGCAUAUUUGUUUUAUGAGAUUGAUCAAACCCAAUUUGUUAACAUUAGUGUGCUUGAAAGAAGUAUUACUUAUACAACAAUGACUUCGUCUACCAAACUUCCGAAAUCCGAGUCACGAGACCUCGAAUGCCUUCCACUUAAACAACGUUUGAAGAUGUUACAUGCUAAACAACAAAAACAACUCAUAUCCCAAAACAUCAUAUAUCCAAAUGUUGCUGUUAACAAGGAAGACGGUUUUCGCAAUUCCCGCGGUUUUCAAUAUGAUCAAGAUGACAGUGAGGGAAGGUCUAACAGUGCCUCAUGCAAACAGAGUCAGCAUGGCACCACUCAUACUGUUAGGACGCCCCCCUUGCAUGCCAGAAUGCUAUCACACAAAUUAGAGAAGGAGUGUACUACUGCUGAAGAUGAAUCUGUAGUUCAGUUGCUGAACUGCCAAUGCCCUUCUAGUACUGAUGAUAAUGAAAUGUCCGAUGAUUUCUUUGAGGAUUUUGAUCAUGUUGUGCUGAAAGAACGACAGAGAAUGCUGCUAUCUAGGAAAUUGGUGGGAUCUAGCAAACCAGUAAUGGAGUAUACCACGGUAAACCCUUCUACAAAAUCGGCUGACUUGAGUUUGCCAAGUGCUGGAAUAGGAAGUGGUGGAUGGGACAUUUGUGGAAUAAGAUCUGUAACGGGAGGAAAUGACACUAUUGAAAAAUGUGAUGGAAAUGUUUAUGCCUCUUGUGAUACUUUGGAGUCUCAUCUGCUAAAUGACAUUACUACUGAUGCUCCUACAUGGAUUUAUCGACAUCAAGAAGAUACAUUAACAUUUUCAAAUAACGACAAGAAUGUUCAUGGAGCCGAGUCAUGUUCUGGUAGAAGUAUUAUUAAUAAACAGUGUUUGCUGUCAAGUUACUGUGAGACUGAUCGUACUUUAGCCUCUCAACCUGUUCCAAAUGUUAAGGUUGAGCCAUUAGAUGGGGUAGAAAUUUCAAACAGAAAAGCUCUAGAUUGCCCCUGGAUAGGAAACCAAAUAUCCGUAAAAAGUGAACAUGUAAACAAUACUAAAGUUUUUGAAGAUAUUAUAGAUCACAUGAUGCUUGGAGAUAGGUUGAGAUUGUUGGCAUCGAGAACAUAUUCCAAGGCUACUUUCUCUAAUAAUGUUGACAACUCAACGACAUUUGUGCGUGCUGGCAAUGACCAUAAGCCUACUCAUUUUAAGUCUUCUAAGCCCUUCCUGAGGAAAAUGCCACGCAAAAGGAGAAGAACUGUCACGGACUCAAUUGAAACAGCAUUGGAGGAAGAUGCACCUGGACUCCUACAGGUGUUAGUUGAGAAAGGGGUUUUACUUGAUGAAAUUAAACUCUAUGGAGAAGGAGAAGGCGAGGAAGCAUUGGACGAAUCACUGGUUGCAGAGAGCUUUUCAGAACUGGAAGAUGUGAUAACCAAGAUUUUCUCUCAACACCAAUCAUUUUUUAAGCUUGCUCCAGUAAGGGGUGUGAGAGGAGAAAAAGCUAGUUACUGCUUGGCUUGCCUUAUUUCACUUGUAGAGCAGGCACGAUACUUACGUAUUAGAAAGUCGCCAGUUGAAUGGGGUUGGUGCCGGGACCUCCAGUCCUUCAUAUUUGUAUUUGAAAAACAUAACAGAAUAGUGCUGGAGCGUCCUGAAUAUGGAUUUGCAACAUACUUUUUUGAAUUGGUUGAUGCCUUACCUGUACACUGGCAGAUCAAUCGAUUGGUCACCACUAUGAAGCUUACUAGCUGUAGCAGAAUUACUCUGAUUGAAAAUAGAGCACUGACGGUUGGGGAUGAUCUGACCGAAGGUGAAGCUCGGGUGUUAAUGGAAUAUGGUUGGAUACCAGACAGUGGUCUAGGAACAAUGCUGAACUACUGUGAUAGAGUCGUUCAUGACAGGAAGAAUGAGUUUGAGAGUGACAGCUCAGAGUGGAGGUCAAAAAUUGCCAAAUUACUAACUGAUGGUUACAAUGGUGGAAUCAUCGUCCCAAACGAUAUCCCAAAGAAAGUUAUGGAAUAUGGUGUUGGUCAAAGCCCUCAAAUUAAGCUGGAGCAAUAGUUGAAGAUAAACAGAUCAGUUAGCAGACUUAAACAUCCGGGAGUUAUUGGCGAUCGAGGUUCAGGAUCCAUUUUGAGGCAAAUGUUGGAGCAGUGGAAUGUGUACCAUAUACCCCCUCGUGAUUCGUUCACAAGUACUUGCUUAGCUCAGUUAAUUUGUUGUGUUCUAUACUGUCUGGUUCACAGCAAUAGUAUUAAUAGAGGUGGUUUUGUGGACUUAUGAUUUAGGCAAUGGCUCGUUUUGGGUUAAUUUUAUCUUUAACGGGUUAAAUGAAUUAUUUUUUUUGGCUAAAUGGCGAACAUGUCAAAAGUUUUGAAAGUCACUUAAAGUGUCUUUAAUGCAUAUUGUAAGAAUAGCUUUUAUAAUCAUAAGCAAGGAAUUUGUUAUACAUUUACAAGUAAAGAAAAAUAACUGUCGAGUGUUUGUGGUAUGUACUAAAGAAAUGACCCCGUUUCAACCUGUUACCCAAUCGUACCCAGCUGCUAUUUUUCUCACCUCUAAUUAUAAUUUUAAUGUAGAGAGGAAUGAUAUGUUUACCCCCUCAUGACUUUUUGCAGAGCUUUUGCUCUAGUAUAUGCUCACUGCCUUGCCCUCUGUCAAACUUCAUAUGCUGUUCAGUGUUCGUUUUUACGAACAUUAGUAGAAGAUUCUUGAUUUGCAUCAAGAUGUAGAAGAUGGCAAAAACAAUCGUGAAAGUAUGACAAAUUUUGAUCCUCAGAAGAUGGCAAAAACAAUCGUGAAAGUAUGACAAAUUUUGAUCCUCAUAGACCCACAUUUCUUCAAUGUGCUCUGCAGUUUCUAGUCCAGUUUUGGAAAAUUAGAACAUUUGUAAUAUCCUUAUGUGAAGAAGUUAUUAGAUAUGGGAGAUGUGGUACCCUGUCAAUUGGUUGUCCAAUGUCCAUUCUUGUGUUACUUUGGUAAUGGUGGUUAUAUAUUCUCAGAAUUUAAACUUUUUAAUUAUUAGAUUAUAUCUAUAUGAAUUUUACGAGGAAA